AUGCCUUCCUUUGUCAUUCAAAAGCCAUCCCUCCCACCAUCCACCCCUCCCGCCAUCCCUCCCACCAUCCACCCCUCCACCAUCCCUCCCACCAUCCCUCCCCUCCCACCACGCCUCCCACCAUCCCAUAACCCCAGGGACUUCGCCCGAAACAUGUUCCGUGGCACCAUCCCUUCAUUCUUCGCCACCCUCACCAAACUCGACGUGCUUGAGUUCAACGAGAGCGGAACGGUGUGCUCAGGAGCCAGGCAGCCGUGUGUGGUGUGGCAGACCCCCUCCAUCCCUCUCCCCAUCUCACCCUGUCCUUCCCUGCCUCGGUUACUCAGGCUCAACGAGAGUGGCAUGGUGUGCCCAGGAGCAGGCCAGCCGUGUGUUGUGUACCAGACCCCCUCCUCGCACUUCUGCAUCAACUGCCCCGACUUCUGCUCCUCCUGCUCCAACAGCUCUGCCCCUUCCUCUGGCUCCCCUGUUGCUAGCCCCUCCCCUCGCCUGCCUGCCAAUAGCACUCCUCCUCUUCCCCCACAGAUACAUCUUCCUCCUCCUCCUCGUCCGCCCUGCCUCUAG